UAUGAAACGGUUUUAACGUGAGAUAUGCUUUAUAUUUGGGUUAAAUAGCCUAAUAAUAAAACUUUUAGCUUAUGAAUUCUUAUUUUGAAGUUGUUUCACCGUAAGACGAUCUCAUAUAAGACGAGCUAAAAUAAAAAUAUUAUUUUGAAAAUUUUUGAGUUUGUGUGAGUUCAUUAGUAGCAGCCUCGACGGUCUCUCGUGGGCUCAAACGUCACAUCCCUUUCUCUCUCUUCUCUCUCUAUCUACAUUCUGCUUCCUUUGUUUCCUCCUUCAUCGUCACAUUCCACUAACAAAUUCAACAAUUUCCUCUUAUCUUAGCGUUAUCUAUCUUCUUCCUCAAUCUUAGGGUUCCGUUGAUGUCGAAUACUGGAAUGGAUUCGCCGGAUUUUCAUCUUUCUGAUGAGAUUUUAGCAGUUAUACCUACUGAUCCUUACGACCAGCUUGAUUUAGCUCGGAAGAUUACUUCCAUGGCGAUUGCUUCUCGUGUUUCUAAACUCGAGUCUGAAACUAAUCGUCUUAAGCAGCAAGUUCAUGAACAGGAUCGAGUUAUUGUUGAGCUUGAGGAAAAAGCUUCCAGGCUUCAACAAGCUUUUCAAGAUGCUGAUUCUCGCUUGAAACUUGUUCUUGAUGAAAAUAUGAAAUUAUCACAGGAGAAAGAUUCGUUGUCUGCUACUGUCAACAAAUUGAGCCGUGAUUUAGGAAAGCUAGAGACAUUCAAGAGACAACUUAUGCGAUCACUUAGUGAAGAUAAUUCUGCUGAAACAGUUGAUAUUGGAACAUGUGAUCAAUCUGUUCCUAGAGCUUAUUCAGACAAAGAUGACAGCUACACAAGGUACCAUUCUUAUAAUGGUUCUAGUGAAGCAAGAUACUCAAGUGAUGAAACCAUGAAGAAAACUGGUCAAAGAUUUUCAUUAACUCCUUACCAGAUUACUCCUCGGCUAACUCCUACUGGAACUCCAAAAGUUAUAUCCACUACUGGUUCUCCCAAAUCAUAUUCUGCUGUUGGAUCUCCCCAAAAGAACUCUGGGGCCACAACUCCAACUACAUUCCAGUAUGAUGGGCGGUCUUCUCUGCCUGCAUGGUAUCCUUCAAGUCAGCAGUCCUCAGCAGCCAACUCACCACCUCGGGCCCGUCCUUUGCCAAGUCGAACUCCGCGAAUUGAUGGAAAGGAGUUUUUCCGCCAGGCUAGGAGCCGAUUGUCAUAUGAGCAAUUUAGCGCUUUUCUGGCCAACAUCAAGCAGUUAAAUGAUCACAAGCAAUCGCGAGAGGAAACCUUGAGGAAAGCAGAAGAGAUACUUGGUAAUGAAAACAAAGAUCUUUAUCUCUCAUUUCAAGGGCUGCUUAAUCGCAAUGUUAAUUAGUCCCUGCAAGUUUGAAGUUUUAAGCCAUUGUGAUGAUAGUUCAAACUUUUCUACAGCUGCUUGCUGAGAGUCGUCUGCUCUAUGACAACAGCGCAAAAUUGAGGAGGUUGUCUACUAUUAGGGAGGUUGCUUGUUGUCAACUUGAAUGUGCUAUUUUUUUUAAUACCAGCUGUGAUGUAAAUAAAUUUGGAUGUUAUCUGGAGAACAACUAGAUCUAGAUCCACCAGCAAUCUGAUUCUGGAAUUUCCUCGAAGCAGAAUUUUGCUUGCCAUUUUCCGUGGCCCAUAAAUUAAUCCUGCAUUAGUUGAAACUGGUUUGUUAGUCAUUUUAAUUUUUUUAUUAAAAAAGUUAUAAUUUAUAAACAAA